AUGGGAAAAUUCGCGGCUGGUUCUUAUGCCCUUCUGGGAGCAGAACUCCCCGAAGAUUCAACAGUCGUGGCAAAGUUAAAGGAAGCUGGCGUAAUCAUCUUAGGAAUGGCAGGCUUAAGUGAAUGGGCCGGUUUCCGCGCUUCAAAUUCCAGCAAUGGCUGGAGCGCGUAUGGUGGCCAAGUGAUUGGCGCUUAUUAUCCGCGACAAGACCCUGCUGGCAGCUCGAGCGGGAGCGGCGUGGCGUCUGAUUUAGGUCUAGCCUUUGCCGCGCUCGGAACAGAGACAAGUGGCAGCAUUAUUAGCCCUAGCCAACAAAACAACAUUGUCGGUAUCAAGCCAACCGUUGGGCUCACAUCCCGCCAUCUUGUGAUUCCCAUCAGCCAGCAUCUGGACACUGUUGGGGCCAUGGCCAGAACAGUUAAGGACGCUGCCAAACUCCUCCAAAUUAUUGCUGGCCCAGAUUCUAGCGACAACUACACAUCUGCGUUCCCUUUUGAUUGUGUCCCCGACUACCCGGCGGCUUGCCAACAUUCCGCGCUCAAAGGGAAGCGGAUCGGAAUCCCCACAAAUGUCCUUGAGUUUCUUUCCACGGAUCCUGCUGUGAUUGAACCCUUUAAUACUGCUGUGACUCUGCUGGCUGAUUCUGGGGCCAUCAUAGUGAGGGAUGCCAACUACUCUGCAUAUGAGGAAUUCAUGACUAGUCCUUUACCGGUUCAAAUUCUCUAUGCGGAUCUCAUAAAUGGGAUCGCUAACUACUGUUCCGAAUUGAAAACCAAUCCAAACAAUAUCCAUAAUCUUUCCGACCUGCGCCAUAUAGACCAGACAUUUCCCCUCGAAGACUAUCCAGACCGCGACACCCGUUCUUGGGAUGAAGCCCUGAGGAUUGGCGUUAACAACACCUCACCUGAAUUCUGGCCUAUAUAUCAAAAACUGCUGCAGAUGGUUGGCGAAGGCGGUGUACUCGGUGCUCUGCUUAGGAACGACCUUGACGCUAUCGUUCUUCCCAGUAACGUGUCCCCUCUCGCGUCCGGCAUGGCUGGCACUCCAAUGGUGACUGUGCCAAUGAGCGCUUGGCCAGCAGAUACAAAAGUGGUGCCUAGCCCAAGGGAUCUCUCUCAAGAGUCUCAAGAGGGGAACACUGAGUAA